AUGUCUGUUGCUGACCGCCUCGUCAGCUACUUUGCUCCGGCCGAUAACAGCGCGCGAACGAUUCAGGGGGAGCUUGCGGUUUCCAACCCGGCGGCGGCGGCUUCAAUUGCGGGGGAUAGUCAUGCCGGACAGACGGGAGGACUCUUGCCGGAUAUCAAAAUCAGCGGACAACCACUCGUUCAGGAUAUGGGGCAGGGACAUGGAGAUCUCGAAGAGGAGGGCCGCCCGCCCUACUUCCACGCCAUGAUUGCCGGAGGUCUCGGGGGCUCGACUGGAGAUAUGCUCAUGCACUCCCUGGACACAGUCAAGACGCGCCAGCAGGGCGAUCCGCACAUCCCGCCAAAAUACACAUCACUGGGGUCGUCAUACUACACGAUAUGGAGGCAAGAGGGCAUCAGGAGAGGUCUUUACGGCGGGUGGGUGCCGGCAUUGAGUGGAUCGUUCCCGGGCACCAUGCUGUUCUUUGGCACAUACGAAUGGAGCAAGCGGUUCCUCAUCGAUCAUGGCCUGCAGCACCAUCUGGCGUAUCUUACAGCAGGCUUGCUGGGAGACUUUGCCGGUUCCAUCGUUUACGUUCCGUCCGAAGUGUUAAAGACUCGCAUGCAGCUGCAGGGACGCUACAACAACCCUUAUUUCAAGUCAGGGUACAACUAUAAGGGCACGAUUGACGCCGCAAGAACCAUCGUCCGCCACGAGGGUCCGGCUGCGCUCUUUUACGGCUACCAGGCGACGCUCUACCGCGAUCUCCCCUUUUCAGCGCUGCAGUUCAUGUUUUGGGAGCAGUUCCACGCCUGGGCCCGCCAGUACAAGCAGAGCAGAGACAUUGGCGUGCCUCUGGAGCUUUUGACUGGCGGUCUGGCAGGCAGUUUGGCCGGCGUAAUGACGUGUCCUCUCGACGUCGUCAAGACACGGCUGCAGACACAAGUGCAUCCCGACCUGUUGCCCAAGGAGAACAAACCGGCAGCUAAGGGCGCGGCGCACAUCUCUGCGGCCAAGUCCCAGACGCGCAACAUCUCAACGUCGUCGCCGUCAACGCACACACCGCGACCCGGUGCGGUGAACCUGCAGACGUCCUCCGUCAUCACCGGCCUCAAGGUCAUAUACCAGACGGAAGGCAUCAGCGGGUGGUUCAGGGGUGUUGGUCCCCGUGGCGUUUGGACCUUUAUCCAGAGCGGCACCAUGCUGUUCUUGUACCAGCGCAUUCUUAAGCAACUAGAGGUUUGGGACAGCGCUGCAGAGAGGGAAAGCAGCAUUUGA